CUGCUGCCACAGAGUUGUCAGUGCACUUUUCCUGCCCAACGCCACCAUGUCGAAGCGCCCUUCACCCUCUCCUUCGCCCACUCCGAAGGCCAGGAAGCCUUGGACACACUUGACGGACGAGGAAAAGCAGUACAUCUUAGACUGCCAUAAUCGGGGCGACAUGCAAACGAAAAUAGCCGUGUCUAUAGGAAGGCCCAUAGGAACCAUCUCUGCCUUUCUCAAGAGAUGCAGGCAGCAAAAUGUUUCUCCCGGGGCAGCAUUGGAGAUGUCGAUGAAUAGUGAAGAUGGGGACAUUACUGAAAUGUUCCGAGAGAGCAUUGAGCGGAGCGGGUACUCCCGGAAGCAAGUUCUCAGUUUCCAAAAGACGGGACUGAUCUGCAAUAUGAUGUCUCAGCUCACCGACACGUCUGCGUUCAAAGCCGACCGCGUCACAUUGGUCAUCGGUGGAAAUGCCGAGGGUGACUGGAAACUGAAGCCUCUUCUGGUCUAUCACACGGACACCCCCAGGGCUCUGAAGGGCUACAUCAAGGAACACUUCCCCGUCGUCUGGAAGGCUCAACCCGAGCUACUGGUGACGAAUGACAUUCUCCAGAGCUACGUGGUUGGCUACCUCUCUUCAGCUUGCACGGAGUAUGCCAUGGCAAAUAAACUCCCCAACAAGUUUUUGCUGAUUCUUGAUAGUUAUUUAGCUAACUCCCCACUCCACUGGAUGAGUCAAUGGGCUGAAAAUAUCGAGGUGCAGUUCUUGCCUUAUCACAUGCAGCCCAUGGAAGAGGGUGUGACUGACAUAUUCAGGCGAUAUUAUCAACGGAGGGUGAUGCAGCAACUAGUGAAGGCAAUGAAUGAGGAAAGGAAAACUUCAGAAGUAUUCUGGAGGCAAUACACCAUCAAGAAGGCAAUCCACAACAUCUCUCAUUCCUGGAAUCAAGUGGAAGGGUCUGUUAUGAAUGGCGUCUGGUACAAGGUGUGGCAAGAGGCAGUCCACGGCCCUAGGGGGUUCCAAGAAGUCGAGGAUCAUCGGCAGCAGUUGAGCAGUGAUAUCGUGCAGUUCUUCCAUCAGGCAGGAAUGCAGCAGGUGGACCAGGUGGGCGUUGAGGUGCUGCUCGCUAGCCAUGCAGAGGUCACGAGCGAUGAAGAGGACGUCCAGCUGUUGCCGCAGGAAGCCGAAGAUCCUGACCUGCCGCAGGAGGCACAGGGGCUUAUCAAAACUAAGCUGAAAGAGCUGCUGGACGGGAUCAACAAGGCCAGUGCCAUUGCUGAAAGCCAAGACUUAAACAUGUCUAGAUCAGACAAGUUUUCUCAAGCCCUGGAGAGUGCCGCGCAGCACUACCAGAAAAUAUAUGAAGAGCUGUGAUUCUUCGUGCGCUGUACGUGACAUGAUGAGAAGAGGGAGCGAGGCGAUACAGAACUGAUUAUUUUCAAACAAAUAAUGUACAGAAUUUGUUUACUACAUUAAUUUGAUUUUCAGACAUGCUUUGUACACAUCCACACCACGAGAGCUGCUGUGAAGCGUCACCUAUACAAUUACAUAGUGUCAUUGAUCUUUGAUUUCUGCGUUAUAAUAAAAAAAAUAGGUUGAUCAUAUCUAGGAGAAAUUUCUCUGUCGCCUGUCAAUAUACACAGGCACUUUCUCGAUGAAACUGUGAAAAAAUCGCCAUGAAUUAAUAGGCAUAAACAUUUACUAUGUAUCCUCCCUGUCUGUGAUUUAUGCUUGUAUUGUUUAUUUUCAGUAAAUUUGAAUAGCUUUUCAUUAUACUUCUAAUCUACGGUGAUACUCUUGUUCAUAAUAAGCCUGUGCAAAUUGGGUCAAGAAAAUUGAUAUUGGACCAGUUUAGUAAUUAUUCUCGUCUUAAAUAAAAUCUUCAUACACCUUGCAGAAAGCUUAACACAAUAAAUCUUACGUGGGUAUUAGGGAUGGCUGUCAUCAUGUUUGAUUUCCGUAUAGCCUUUGUUGUUCGAGAAUUUGAUUGCAUGAACUAAAUUGCGUUGGAAAGUAAAAAGGUCUGGUCGGGGCUAAUUGUUACAAGGUGUGGAAUGCAAAGAAAGGUCCCGUGAGGAAUGCAGAAGUGGGGGAUGAUUGUUAUGUAUGCCGCCUCUGUGAUUCUAAUGUUGACUGAAAAAGGAGUAACAAUACCUGGCCCAGCUUGAAGGAGGAAGGAUCAGCUUUUAUAACAGAUCAUUAUUGAUCUUGAGCAAGUUUUGUUCUGUCUCCAAGUUUCCCGUUAUCACUUAACGGAAAUUAUGUUUCUUUACUUAAUGAUUUACUGUAUUACCUAUAUUGAAUUGUUAAUUGGUGUUUCCAAUAAAGCUUUUUUCAUUUUA